GGAAGAUGUAGAGUUAGCUGCUCUCAAAAUCCGUGCCAAACCUUUUCAUGACAAUGAAGAGCACCAGCCACUAUGUUUACCGUUGCUCAACCACUAAUCCUUUAGUAAACAACAGUGGUAACCAGUGUGUUAACUGUGGGCAUCCCUUUGUUUAUUCUUUUGUGUCAUUUGAGAUUCUUCCAGUGGUUGAAUUUGUUUUAGAGGAGGAACGUUACAGAUGAAGAGGGGGUACGUCUGAUUCAGCAGUCUGGAGGAAAUGGCCCCAGAUGAUCAGGAAGGUGGAUCAAAAGAAAAUGAUGGUAAUGAUGAUGAUGAAGAUGAUGAUGAUAGCAGAUGGAAACAAACUCAUUCUGGAAAUGCCCAGGCUUUGACAUUGGACAGCUCACCUGUACAUGGAAGCAACAAUGAAGAUCCAUUCACUGCUAAUCUUAUGAGCUUUUAUCCUGGCGGUUCUGAGUAUCAACCAGUUCUUCUUAACCGAGCAGCACUAUUAGCUCUUGAAACACAUGACAUUAUUGUCUGUCGCUGGCCGAAGCCUCUGAGGUAUCAAUUCUUUAAGAACAUUAUGCCGGAGAUGUUCCUAUCACACACUGUACUCACUGUAAUAAGAUGUUCCAUACUGAUGAUUACAUACUUCAGGUACUGCAAAAAGGCCACUGCCCUUUCUGUCGUACACCUUCAACAGAUAUUGGAGACCACACAUUGAGUGAAGUGUUAAGUAUUAAACAGUGUGAUUUUUUAUAUUUUUGAG